AUGUCGUCGCCGGCAGCGACCGCGCCGUCCUCCUCGGGCGCGACGCAGCCCCAGCCCCAGCCCCGGCCCACGGAGCAGCAGGGAGGCUCGAGGGAGCGGCGGAUGGAGUCGCUGGGGUGGCUGACGGAGUCAGCGGUGAUGCCGAAGAAGCACAAGGCCAUCGAGGGCGUCGGCGCCGCCUCCAUCCUCGACCUCAAGGCCCAGCUCUACCGCACCCAGGAGGAGGCCCGGAACCCCACCGCCCCCGGCGCCGUCGCGGCCGCUGCUUCUGGUGGGGAGUUCCGCCGCGCAAAGAUACGCUCCGCACCCACCGACCCCCUCGGGGCCAAGAACUCCGGCGUUGAAUCCGGGCUCACAACAUUUCCAGUUGCCAUGGUUUCAAUGUGUCUUCUGUUUUCAGCCUCACGCAGCCAUAAGGAUAAGCUGGAGCUUAAAGCCGUGAAAGACGGUUCUGCGAGCUAUGCUGCUCUAGAAAAGAAAGCAGAGUUGUAUGAAAAAUUAUCCAGAGGUGAGCUACCUGAUGAAGAAGACAAAGAGAAAUACUGUGUGGAUUUCUUCCAAAAAAGUUUCGAUCGUGUCUAUGAGCCUCAGAUGUCAGAGAGUAGCCACAGAGCCACUGAUGAUGCAGAGGCAGUAAAUGAUCAUGAAGAUUCUAUGCCUAAUGCGAAACCGUUGGGCCUUGGCCGAGCAGGUACUACAAUCGACAGAGAUGAGCACAAGCGCUUUGUGAGGGAAGUUCAUGAGGAAGUAACUGAGGCAAGGCAGAAGGCUUCAACAGUAAGAUCUCGACGACAAGAACAGGAUGCUGCUCGUAGAGAGAAACUCAGGCAAGCUUACCUGAAGAAACGGUUGGAGAAGUUGAUUGCCGAAAAACAGGCCUCUUCAGCUAGUGAUGACCUACCCAGCUAG